AUGAUAAAAAGUCUUAGCCUCUUUCAAAUCCUUCUCUUAGUACUUGCUUGGCAAUGCUGUGCAAAGGUUGCUGCCAUUCUCGAUGAUGCCACCGGCGCUUCAAAUCUUGUCGAUGGGAUCGUAUCAAUGGUAAAUCAGAAGCUUCUUCAUCCUGCCGCCGCACCACGGUCUCUAGGUAUUGGAACACUUCCGGACAUCGGCGGCACAGUUAAUGACAUUAAGGCAAAUGCUGAUCUUAAUGGGAAUGGUGGUGCAGUUUUCGAUGUUACAAAAUAUGGCGCUAAAGCUGAUGGAAAGACUGAUGAUGCACAGGCAUUCAUGACAACCUGGAUUGCAGCCUGUCGGAACACAGACGGUCCGGCGAAGUUUUUAAUCCCACAAGGCACAUUUCUGGUUGGUCCGGUGACUUUCGCCGGUCCGUGCAAAAGCUUCCCCAUCACCCUCGAAAAUCAAGGAACUGUAAAGGCCACAACUGAUAUCACUGAAUAUUCUUCUCCAGAAUGGUUCUCCAUUGAAGAUAUUACUGGUUUCAUCCUCACUGGCUCCGGCGUCUUCGAUGGCCAAGGCACUGCUGCUUGGCCCUACAAUGACUGCAAGACAAACAACUUCUGCCAGAAUCUUCCAAUCGAAAAAAAAAAGAACAUUAUAGCCCCAGGAAAUAGCCCCAACACCGAUGGAAUGCACAUUAGCACCUCAAAACUGGUCACCAUUACGAAUAGUGUCAUUGGCACCGGUGAUGACUGUGUCUCCAUUGGCCACAGUACCGAGAAAAUCACCGUCACCGGUGUCACUUGUGGCCCGGGACAUGGUCUCAGCGUUGGCAGCUUGGGCAAGUACUCGAAAGAGAAGAGUGUCUAUGACGUUCUAGUAAAGAACUGCACCAUUUUCAAUGCCACCAAUGGUGCCAGAAUAAAGACAUGGGCUAGCCCCGUGUCGGGGUUAGCCUCAGGAAUAACCUUCGAAGACAUUGUAAUGUACAACGUCAAAAAUCCUAUAAUCAUCGAUCAAACCUAUGGCACGAAGGAGAAGAAGCUGCAACUAAUCCCUCAUGCAGGCUUCGAACUGGAAGAUCAGCGACGUUCACUUCAAGAACAUUCGUGGGACAUCAACAACGAAUGUGGCAGUGUUAUUGGAGUGCAGCGAGUUGCUUCCAUGCGAGGGGGUGGAGCUCAGGGACAUUAA